UGCUUCUGAUUGAGUGUUAAAACCCCGCAAAUACAGCUUGGAACGGGAACCGGCAUUGCAACCAGGGCGUAACUAAUCGAUAUGCAUUGAAGGGAAAAGCCCGAGUUGGUACACUUGUAACCUUUAAGAGCAAAUAAGCCCUCUCGAGCCUGCUUUCUUCUUCUUUUCUUUUUUUUUUUUUUUACUUUAGAGACACAGACAAGCCUUUGGCUGGCCCCUUUUCUUUGUCUUUCCAUGUUUGUUUUCUUUUUCACUACAGAUAAAACAAGAACUGCGUUACAUUAGCUGACACAGAAGCCAAAGAAGACUAUAAAUGAAAGGAAGAGUGUUGAGUUUCUGACAGCAGUGUGAUCUUUUAUCGCAACCAAAAGGGGCUGUGGGGCUUCUGCUUGAACCGUUUGAUGUUUACAGGGAAAAUUGAUCUCUUUACCUUAAAGCCAGUCUGCAUAAGCUUCACGGAUUCAAAAGUAAUUGAGGAGAGGAAAAACAAAUAGCGAGAUAUUCCAAUUUUGGUCUGGACUCUUUAAGAAAAUAAGCUUCCUGUGCAGAAAUUUCUUCCCAAAAAAUGAAAAAAAAAAAAAAAAAUGCGCACAGACAUUUUACUGUGUGUAACUCAUACGCUUGUAGCACAAAACGGUGCACAGCUUGAAUCCCUUGUUUCCCGCUCUGAGCCUUCUUUUUUGUUGUUUUUUUCUGAAGACAGGCAAGAAGAACCCCGAGAUGCAGCAACUGUAAUUACAUUACUGUCCCACACUGCCACACACACACACGCACACACACACACAGACAGCGCUUUGAGCUCAGCACGUCUGCCGGCUGCCGCGGGAUGUUAGAGGCGUGUUGCUAUGGCGACUGAAAGGGGACACACAGGAAGGGGGUUAGGGUAGAAGAGAAAGAGGAGGAGGGGGUUGUGUCGGAGAUUGAGGAAGAGAGAGAGAGAGAGAGGCACGCGGAGUUGCCGGUGUCUUGACAGUCAGUGUGUGGCAGCGGAGGACAGCAGCGGCAGACUGCUGGAGCAAGCGAGAUCUGUCAGAGAGGAGAAGGGGGGGGGGACAUCCACGAAUCUGCUGCUGAGGUGAGGCAUCACAGAGACGGCAAUUAGCACAGACAGCUGUGUGCAUGUGGCAAAUACUUUGCAGACUGUUGUCUGUCUGCACUGGAGUCAAGUUGCAUCAAGGCGUUGUUUAGCCAUUUACAGAAAUGAAAGAAUAAUGUGCCGCUGACCGGGUAAAUUGGUAGGAGAGCUCUGAGAAGUAAAGCACAGAGCUUCAUGUUCAAAGGUCUGAUGAGUUCCUUGUCCGCCGGCUCGGAGAUGCAGGCUUCCGCUCUCGACCCCCAGUUCAUACCGGGGCCCCAAGGUAAGGUGCCUGGCAGGAAGCGAGGACGCCCUCCUAUCCGAAAGCUGGAGUUCCAGAGCCACUAUGUUGAAACUCUGUCGCCCCUUAAGAUCCCGAAGAAAAGAGGCAGGAAGCCUGGUUUUAAGCUGAAGCCCAGGAUGGUGAUGUCCCCUCUAGCCAAUUCUCCUCCCAGCAGCACACCAGAGCCAGAGAUGGGCUCCAUCCCACAGGACGCUGCCAUCGUCCCCCAUUCUGCCACACCACAGGUCCUGACAGCGGAGACGCCAUUGGCUGAUGAUUUUUUAUGUGACCCACCGGUGGACUCGAGGCGCUAUGCUAUAGAUCCCAGUGACUCUGCAUUCAGCGUCACGACAUCACAGUAUCAGACGAAGCAGUCCUACGGUUACCGUGGCAGCAGUUGCUCUGCUACAGCAGGCAUGUGCAGACAAGCGUCAAGCCCAGGAAGUCACCAGGAGGGAAACAGAAAUGCCUACAGCCCGAUGUCAGAUGCCGGAGAGUGCAAGCGUCCUGUUGGUAAGGACCCUUCCAGCUGGGGUGUAGAGGAUGUGGUUUGGUUCAUUAAAGAUGCUGAUCCCCAAGCUCUGGGACCCCAUGCGGAAGCAUUCAGGAAGCAUGAAAUAGAUGGGGACGCCCUACUCCUUCUGAAAAGCGAGAUGAUGAUGAAGUACCUGGGAUUGAAGCUGGGACCAGCCCUCAAACUCUGCUACCACAUCGACAGGCUCAAGCAGAGCCGGUCGUGAGCCGAGUCCUCGAUCGCCUCGUUAAUUUUUAAGAGCAACGAGUCGGUGCCGAUUCCCGAAACCUUUCUAAGUCAUCAGCAAUACAUCACGAACGUCUGAUCCAAAUAUAUGCUGGCUUUUACUACAUUUACACCACACUUUGUCCACAGAUUGGACACUGUGACUGUACAUGUUAGGACAUUUAAAAGCUCAAACAGUUA